AUGUCUUUAGAGACAACUUUACCUACAGGAACAUUACCUAACAAAGAAGAAGGUACUGAUUUAGAAACCACCGAAAAAAAUGAUUCAGAUACUGUUGAAAAAAGCGAUUCAGAUACUACCGAAAAGAAACGAUUCACAGAUACCACUGAAGAAAAAUGA